AUGCCAACAAAUCCUAGCUUCAAUUGGCUGCGAUUGCAGAAUGUUUAUUACGAUAUAAGAACUUGCUAUGCUCCUCUAAGCUGGUCAAUUGAAAAUUUGUAUUCGAAUUAUAGGAUAUCAUUUGCAUCAAACACUACAUUGAUUGCCAUUGCCUCCAAUUCAGUACCACAUCCAAACCUCGUUGAAGUAUACAGUCUAAGUGGCAACAAGGUAACAUCAGUGAUAUAUAAUAGUACACCAACUGACUAUAUUCAUGACUUUCAUUUUUGCAAGGAGGAUCUAGUGUUGAUCCUAAACGAUGGGAGAUUUAGAUACUACCAAGAUUUGGUAGGGAAUUUCAAUGAGUAUCGAUUCACUCAGGAUUUGAUCAAAUUGGAUAAUAUGACAUCCAAUGGAAAGAGCAGCAAUGGGUCUGCUAUAGAGUCCAACAGGAUGAUCACCAAUCUUGAAAAUGACGAGACAGAAGAGAUAAUUAAUAUCAGAGAAACGCAAACGUCUGAGAGCUACUUGGUAGUCAGACUUGAUAACAAGCUCAUUUUGACGGACUUAGACUCGUUUCAGAACUAUGAAAUUGAAAUCUCUAGUUGUUCAUCAAAUGGUAUCGAAGGAAUGACCAUAAGCGAGGGUAAGAAAAGCGUAAUCAUCUACAUUGCUUGUCAAAAGACAAUUCUAGUCUUGAAGAUUGAUUUUGGUCUCUCUAGCUUUGAGCUUGUUGAUCAAGAGCUAACUGACGGACCAUUCAAUAGCAUCUCCAUCUCACCAAACGGACAAUUAGCAGCAUUGCACAAUAUAUCAUUCAACAAAGUCUUUGUUGUUAGUAGCUCAUUUGAUCAAAUCCUUUUGGAAUAUGACACGUCAAACGACUCAAGCUCACCAUACCAAGUAACAUGGUGUGGAAAUGAUGCAAUUGCUUUAUCUUUGAAAGAUGAAAUAAAGUUGAUAGGUCCAGACCAACAAUCAAUAUCAUUCUUUUACGAUAUUGAUGAAGAUGAUGACUUUGAUCUUGACAAUUUGCUACUAAAGGACUCUGUGAAAUAUGAUUUGCAAUAUACAAUCCCCAUCAUUCAAACAUUGUCUGAUGGUUUGAGGGUUGUAACUAGAGAAAAGGUGCAAUUUUUGUACCGAGUACCAGAGAAAACCGUAGCAAUGUAUCAAAUUGGAUCCAACAGCCCUAGUAGUAUAUUGGCCGAUUGUGUUAACAAAUUCAGUCUGAAUGCAGCAAAAGCCCAUGCAAACAUCACGCUUCUAAAGUCAGACGAUGUGCUUUCUAUCGCUAUGGAUGAUGCCCUCCAAGUUGCCCUUGAUGAGCUUGACACAAGCUGGCAGAAGAAAGCAUUAAAAGCUGUGACAUUUGGAAAAGUGUACGCCGAGGGUGCAUUUGAUGCAGACAAAUACGUGGCCGUGCUAGACACUGUCAAAGUUUUAAAUCAACUAAGGGCACAUGAGUUGGGCUUGUUUUUAACAUAUCUGGAGGUGCAAAGUAUCGGUUGGAAAGAAGUAGUCAAAAUGCUUCUACGAAGAAACCAACACUACCUAACCUUGCGGAUUACUAGGGCUCUUUGCUUAAAAGACUUGGUGCCGUUAAUUUACAUCCAUUGGUGUUGUUAUAAGAUACGAAAAGAGCUGGGCUUGUCGGACGUGCAGUUGUUCAAGAUUAUCGUUGACAAAUUGCUAUCUGCAUCAAACAAGAGAAGAAACUACAUAUCGAUUGAUAUGAUAUCAGAUGUGGCACACGAAGAAGGAAGGGUCAUUUUAACAAACUUGUUAAUUGAUCUAGAGCCCUCCAUUACUAACAAAAUAAAGAAACUAGUCGAUUUUGGUGAGAUUGAACUUGCCUUGGUCAAAGCAUUUCAGUCUGGUGAUUAUUCUUUAAGUCUUCUCAUGCUCAUGCGUGUUCAGGACAGUCUUCCCACAUCUGACUUUUUUGAGAUCUUGAAUCAAAACGAAAGCAAGCAUUAUAACCCAACUAUUCAGAAAGAAUUGCAGACCAUGAAUGUGGAAAUACCAACUGAAACCAUUCCCAUCAAAGGGGAAGUUAUAGGUCAUACUUGGUUAGAAUCAAUUGGAAAAUCGCACCUCAAAUUAAUGGAGAAGUUUCUCACUCACGAAGAUAAAACCCAUGAAAUGAAUAUACUAAAGUUGAAAGAGUUUUCCAGGACUUUCCCUGUUGGCGAAGGCGAAGAGUACUACAACAGCUAUAAAAAGUUACUAACAAAGUGCUUACGAAGGUCAGUCCGAACCACCACUAUGAAAGCCAUUGAAAGGGAACUUAAAAUCCUCGAACUUCAAAAUAGGCUAGGAAAGACAUACCUCACCAAUUUCUAUUCUGAAAAAUCAUUGUUAUCAAUUUUAACCAAAUUGAUCAAGAUGAAUCAAAUCAAACCUGCAAGUAAAAUCGUCAAGGAGUUUUCAAUAUCUCAAGAAAAAUUUUGGCAUUUGGUGUUGAAUACAUACUCACAAGCACAUGAAUUUGAUAGAUUAUAUGAAUUUGUAUUUGGAUCAUUAGAUGCAUCAAUGGGGAAAUCGCCCAUUGGAUUUGAACCAAUCAUUGAAGCUGGAUUUGCCAAUAAUGCACCUAAGGAGCACAUAUCUGCGUACAUUCGUAAUUCAGUUAAGUACAAAUAUGAUGAAAAAGUUCGAUUAUUUAUAAGAAAUGAGGACUAUGAAUCGGCAGCUCAAGAGGCCUUCAAAAAUAAAGAUAUUGAAAUCCUUCGAAAUUUACAACAUAAUGUCCCUAAUGCGGAUACGAAAGCUUUACAAAUUAUAAAAUCCAGUAUUCAAAAGUUAGGUUAUUAG